AUGGCCAUUCUCCUGUACUUUCUGGAAGCGGAGUGCGGCGUGCUGCUACGGCGGAUGCUGACGCCAGCGGAGGUCCUCCUUCUGCUGCAAGUCAGCAGGUCCUCGAACAUGAGAAGACUGGCGUGGGCCCGAGCCGUUCUGGCAGAUGUGGCCAGGCUACGCAGGGUCCUGGAACCCUUGGGGACCAUGCGACUGCGUUUCCCCGGCUUCGAUCUCCCCGUGAGCAUCAGAUGCACGAAGGGCUGGACUCCGCCAGAUCCCUCGGACCCACUGGAGACCUUGGGUCCCGUCGAGGAUCUGCUCUAUUGGUUGGACGACUUCGGGCUCGGAGGGUUCUCACCCGCCGAAGCGGUGCUGGUGAUGAACGCGUGGCCGAUAGAGACAAGGAACGCGGGCGCGGCUUUGAGCGACCUGCUGGAAGAAUCGGACAGUCACUUCUUCUACUCGGCCAGGCCUGCCGCCUUCCGAAGGACAUUCCGGCCCACGCUAGUAAACGUAGUCGUCUUUUUCACUUACAGAGGUCUGAACACCGUCCUUCAAAUGCAAGACGUCGUCAAUGACGGGAAGAUAGACUAUGCGUUCCAGGUGAUGGCUGCAGGAGCAAAUCCGAAGUCGACUGCAUCCAUCUGCUCCACUCGGAUCCCGUCGCCUUCCAUGUCGGGCAUCGACUACUCCAAGUGGGACCUCCUUCAAAGCAGCAGCGACGAAGAGGACUUCGGGAACCCCAUCCCGCCGCAGUCUCCGCGACAGCCCAUCACGACGGGUCCCUGGGCGGUGGCCGAUCCCUGGCGCAAGUGCAAUCCGCUGGUGCGACGUGAAGUGCUCAGAGAGGAGAAGAUUCUCCACAGGUUCGUACAAGAGCACCCCUGUCCAUCCGAGAAAAGCCUCCGGCGCUGGCUUCGCAGCAUGAGCGGCACGGAGAGAAUCGUUCCCGGAGAGCUGACCUUUGCAUGGGUGAUGAAAGACAUGGGGUGGAACUCCGAGCACUUGGCGUGGUUCCACUACCCGUCCUUCCGGGAGCUCUGGCAGGCGGCGGCCUUGCAAACGGCCGAGGCCUUCACGGUCCAACGCAGUGCGGGCAGCACCUUGUACCAGCGCGGCGGCAAGGAGUGCAUGCAGUUCAACUUCUAUGCGCUGCAGCACGCCAUGUGCGGAGAGCAUUUUCACACGGACGCCCCACUCCCCGUGUACUCGUACGCGAAACGCCUGGAGCACGUCUGGGACGGGAUCGGAUCGUGGCGAGCGUAG